AAGUAAAUCAAAUUCAGUUUGUCCGUAAUGUUUAUAUUGUGAAAUCAGUAAAUUUUAUAUUUAUGAUAAAAACUGGAUCGUAAAAUGAUCUUAUAAAAUGUCUCUUUUUAAUAUACCACCUUACAUGCUCCAAGAAUUACCCGAUGUUACUGAAAUCGUAAACUAUCCCAUUAAAAAUAUUCAACGAAUAAAGUACACUAGCUUUGAUGUAUCAAAAUCAUUAAUCGCUUUUGGAGCUACCAGUGGAGGAAUUUAUGUAUUUAACAGAUGGCCUUGUGAAUUUAUACAACUUAUUCCAAGUAAGGAUGGACCGAUUACUAGAUUAGCUAUAUCAUCAGAUGAGAGGCACAUUGGUUUUGCAAAUGGAAAAGGCGUUGUCACUGUGACAGAAUGUGAACAAUCCCUAAGCGGUAAUUUUUCGACAACAUCAUCCAAGGAGCACCAAGGAAAUGAGGUUACAGCAAUGACGUGGAGUAGAAACAUGCUAUUUACUGGUGAUGAUAUCGGAAAGGUUUCAAUUCUACAGUUGCAGAAUUUUAUUGCAAAAAGAAUGUUCCAGAGUUCCACGCAGAUUAUUAUGAGCUUAGAUUCACGUAUUUGCCAACUUGAAGCAAAAGAAUGCAUGUUACUUGUGUCAACACUCUCGAGAUGUUACAUAUGCAAUACAAUACAAGAACAGUACAGGCAAAUUGGACAAAAGCUACGAGACGGUGAAUUCGGAGCAUGCUUCGCUAAUAUUGAAAAACCUCUAACAAAUGGUGUUACAGAAAAUGCAACAGAAGAAUUUACUGAAGUUAAAAAAUUCAACAUUGUUGAUGAAGAUGUCAGGUUUGUUGUCGGUGAAGAAUUCGCUAAUACAGUUAUUUAUUGUGCUCGACCAUCAUCUAGAUUAUGGGAGGCAACUGUUGAUGGCAUGGUCAGGAGAACUCAUCAAUUUAAACAAGUACUAGCUAAGCAACCUAUGACAUUUGUAUCGAAUGAAUCAUAUGAAAAUGAGAAUUUCAUUGUAAAAAAUGCUCAAGAUAUAGUUAACGAACAAUCCGUGAAUUUUACGAAAAUAUAUAGCUUCAAUGGUGCCAUAUUCGCAUAUAGCAAGAACUCAUUGUAUUUCUUAAAUAUUCAAGAUGUUGGUAACACUGUUUGGUUUGAUGCAUACAACAAUAUAAACGAAUGCAGGAUUUAUAAUGAAUUGUUAUAUAUUUGGUUAUCAAAUGGCUCUCUAAUUAGUCUUAGGUUUAUGAAGUUGGAUAAGUUUCUAGUUAAAUGCUAUGCUGAUAGUAAGUUUAGACUGUGUGCUGAUUUAUGUGCCUUGUUUAAAGAAUAUUUGUUAUCGAGUGAUUUAUCGCCCAAAUUGCAUAUAUUGAGCGGUUUAAGAGAUAAAAUAGAAAAUAAUGAUACAUUAAAAACAUUAGACAGUGUUAUAGGGAAAUUCGAUACGUUGAAAUCGAGCGAUGCGACUCAAAUGAAGUCUGGGAUAUAUGUCGUAGAUAACACGUAUCACACGCAAUCACUAUUACAUGAUAAUGUUCAAGCAAGAAAUACGGACGAUAACAAAUUUGGACCAUUGCCACCAGAGGCAUUACAAACUUUAAAAGGCAUAAGCGUUACCGUAUCAGAUAAAUUAAAUUCAAGUAAAAAGAUGCUAAGAGAGAAAUGGGAAGAUUUCGAAGACAAAAUGAAACAUUUGAGCAUCGACAAAAACGAUCCAACACCAGAAAAGGAAAUAAACGAAAACGAUAAUUUCCCGAAAUGGAUACCUCGCGACGAUUUUACAAUAGACGACGUACCAGUAGUUUUAGAAAACGAUAUAAUAUUCAGAGAAUCUAGUCAAAGCACUGUAGAAGUCGACAAUGAUCAUUUAGAACGAGACAAAAUGUGCAAAAUGUUGUAUCAAUAUUCUAGAUUAAGUCUCGUCAAUAGAGAAUCUGAAACGAAUUUAAACUCCAUAAUCGAUAACUAUGCCCAUGAUAUUAACGAAAUUUAUAAUCUAAUGUUAUUAUUAGAAAAAUAUUGUAUGUCAAUAGAAGCUGUCGAAGAAUCAAAAUUUGUACCGAAUAAUAUAUUUCUAUCUUACUUAGAAAAAUCGGUGAACAAAUACGAUUUACUGAACACGAUAAUAAAAGAUGAAGUGCUAUAUAAAUACUUUGUAGACUCCUGUAUCGCUGUUAAUAUAAAAACUCAGAAACGCUCGAAUAUAGGUUGUGAAUGCGGAUUUCCACUUCCGUAUAUAAGGACAAGUCAAAUGCCUGUAUUUUCGGAACUUAUAGACGAAUUCAUCGAACAACAGUGGUCUAGUCAAACUCAAGAACAAUGCUACGAAGUUUGCAAAAGGAUGCCAUAUUUGUGGAGGAAAAUAUUGUACUUAAGAAGAAACGAAGACUUGAUAAAUGUCCUAAGAAUACUUUUACAAAUGCUGGACGAGAGUCUCUUGCAUUCAUUCUUACCUCAGUUUACAUUUGAGACGUGGGAGAGGGCUAUACAGUUAUACGCAACGUUAUAUGCUAAUAUAUGUUUAAAUUGUAACAAAAAGUUUGAACACAUAUCCGUCAAAGAUAUGCUAAGUUGGGAUAAUCUCGGUUCGAUGAUUAUAAAAUCGGUUGGCGGUAAAAAUGCUAUCAAAUUGAUGCAAAGACAUGCGAACUUGAUAGAAAAGGGUGCUUUGACGAUGAAAUUUUACCAUUCUUGCUUGUUAGUGGUCCUGUAUGGGAAAUAUGAUGGAACUGUAACGAUUCCGAUGGUCGACACCGUUUAUAGUUCGUACGAUUUCAAGGACUCUCGAAAUGAGAUACACAAGAUACUCUUAAACGCUUCUGAUGGAACAAUAAAAAAUACUGCUUUGCCGCUGACCGUCGCUGCCACAUCGCCUAAUUGGGGUCUCAAGAAAAUAUACGAAAAGCUAUCACCGAGUGAGCUUGACAAUUCAGAAAAUUCAAUAUUAAAUGACAUUUUGAUGGCCUUGACUAUGGCAGAUGUCACAGACUGCACACUAUGUGGGUUGCCGUUAAGAAAUGAGGUUUUAAUCGAAGAUGGUGGUUUAUGGGUAUUUAAAUGCGGUCAUAUAUUCCAUGGUGCUUGUUUGAAUUUGAAUAAAAUCAAACUGUGCCCUUCUUGUACGCUCCAAUGAAUCAUCAUGUAUUAUUUAUUAUCUGUGACUGUUUUUUAUCUGUGUAAUUUAUAUUCUAGAUCUUGGGUUGCUAUUUAAGAUUACUUAAAUUAUCAUUAAUUAAUAUUACAUAUUUAUAUAUAAAAACGCGAAUUAUCUAAUCUAGUCUUAAUAUUGUCGUAUUUCACUAAAACAAUAUUAAAUGUAUUAAAAAUAUAUAAAAAUUUGAGAUACUGUUUGUAAAAACUUUUAACAAUUUAUAGUAAUAGGAUGUUUUUUUUAUUUAACUGCCAAAACGUAGCACUGAAAUUAAUGGCCUUGGCAUAUUAAUGUUAAGACACGUGUAAUAUAUUAUAUGUAGGAAUUCUUAAACAAGUAUAGUGAUAAAUGAAUAUGAUCCAAAUAAAAAAAAAGGAAGUCAGUAUGUACGCGU